AUGAGAGGCGCUGCAUCGGGUUGCCCUCAUAGCCGCCUGACGACCUCGUCGCGAGAGAAGGAGGCGAAGCGCGCACCGUCAGGAAGGGGAGCGCCGAGGAAAGAGCUGACGAAGGCCGACGGGGAAUCAGAGUUGGAGACUCGGCCUGAGGCGCGCGGAUCUUCGUGUCGCCGGCUGGGUGAAUCACCGUCGGAGGAGAUGAAGAAGAUGACGGCGGAGACUGACGCGAGCUAUACCCACCGGAGCUCGGACGGAAUUUUGGGCGAAUUCCGUGACAUGAAUGAGCAAUGA